UCUAAAGAACAUUUUAGUUGAGCUUGUAGAGAGAGAGAGAGAGAGAGAGAAAUAAUGGGGAGAGCUCCAUGUUGUGACAAAGAGAAAGUGAAGAAAGGGCCAUGGUCACCUGAAGAAGAUGAGAAGCUCAAAGCUUAUAUUCAACUCCAUGGAACUGCUGGCAAUUGGAUUGCUCUUCCCCAAAAAAUAGGGCUGAAGAGAUGUGGGAAGAGCUGUAGGCUUAGAUGGUUGAAUUAUUUAAGGCCAAAUAUCAAACAUGGAGGAUUCUCUGAAGAAGAAGACAAGAUCAUUUGUGGCCUUUUCAUUAGCAUUGGCAGCAGGUGGUCUAUAAUUGCAGCUCAGUUACCGGGAAGAACAGAUAACGACAUAAAAAACUACUGGAAUACAAGACUGAAGAAGAAACUCCUCGGAGCUCCCAAACAAUACUUAUCUAACAUCAACAAGUUAUCAUCCCACAGCGAUUCCAGAGAUAGUACUACACAACCAUUGACAAACUCUGCCAUUGAAAGGCUUCAGCUUCAAAUGCAGCUUCAAGCCCUUCAAAGCCCUUUUUCUUUCAGCAACAUCUCGACACUCUGGCCUCCGAUGUCCGUCGAGGAAGUUAAGGUAACCCGAACUGGCCAACUACCCGAUAACAGUGGUUGCUGCAGUCUGGCCACCCCUCUGCUAGAAGGUUGUGCUGUGAAUUGCACAUCGAUGGCUACAGGGAAGAGUCCGGUUGGUUCGAGCUCGAUGGAGUUUCGAGGGGAGGAAGAUGGAGGAGAUAGAGAGGUCGAGGGUGUUAAGGAAAUGGAUGAUUCGAAGGAGAGUUUGUAUUGGUGGGACAAUGAUAUUGAUGCAAAAUCUGGGGCAGCUACGAAACUGUGGGAAGCUGCUUCAGUUGAUCUUCAAUUCGAAGGGAUUUUUAAGGAUUUCGAACAGCUUGGUUACAGUAUUUAGGGGAUCGGUUCAUGUUUGUAAUUAUUGUUCUAAAAUAUGAUGAGAGAAAGAGAGAGGUUAAUGAGUUUUGUAAAUUGUGAUAAUAAUGGUGCUGUAAUGCAUGUGUAUUUUGUAAGCUUUCUUGCACAAGUUUCUGAUUGAGACGCCAAAAAUACAACCGUAGUCCAUGGAAAAAUGGUCAAAAAUAACACCAUAAACUAAUAGACUUUUUGAACUAAUUUUUCUUAGUGUAUCUUGGAGAGAUUGGUUAGUUGAAAAAUUCACUUUUCUAGC